AUGGCGGGCGACAUGGCCCCGGUCUUCACUUCGGCUUCUAGUGGACGGAAUCACAGAUACGCAUCGAGAGCCUCCAUGAAGCUAGGGAUCAUACGGACCAACGCGGACUACGGACAAAUUCGCAAACUCGUUAGCUUGACACAGUCCCGCGAUGGGACCAUCAUCAUCCAUGACCUUGAAUUAUCGUGGCCGAUACCGCCAUGCACGACAGAAUCUUCUUCCAAGGGAAUCCACCCCUUUUUGCUGCUUCAGUAUCAGCAUGCCAGGCAAGCCUUUGAUUACAAGCUUGUCAGUGUCGUCUGCUUGCGAGAUAUCCGCACCAUGAUGUAG